CCUCCCAGAAUUAGUGGAGGAAGCAAAAAAUUGCUUUGGCAGCCAGUGUGAUCUGGAAGAAGCUUGCAGCAGGCCAGAUAGCCGUGUGAGUGCAGUGAAACUCACUAGGAAGGGAAAAUGGAGCACUGGAUUUUCUUAAUGUUUUUCAUCAGGGUUCACUGCCAGCAUGCUGUAAAAUACUUUGUUCACAAUGAAAAAGCCAAUUUCAACGAUGCUAUUACAAUGUGUCAAGACUCCGGGUUUCUGACAGACAUGAGUAGCAUGGAAGAAGUUAACAGCGGCAUUCUUCCAGCUGUGUCUCACGCACUGCAUUCAAAGGGGAAUUUCAGUUUCUGGAUUGGUCUGAAGAAAUUCAAAGAGCAAUGUUUUGAAAAAGGACAGCCUUUGUUUGGAUUUGUGUGGACGGUAAACAACAGUUCCCUGUCAGAUGUUAAAAAAUGGAGGUACCACCCUAGAGAAACCUGCUUAAACAUAUUGUGUGGAUCACUGUCUGUGGAGUACAGUGGAAGCAUCAUUACUGACUGGGGGUUUGAGGAGAAAAAAUGUAACGCGAAACAAAAGUUUAUUUGUAAGAAGGUCUCAGAAGAAAAAAGUACAAAGCCUGACAAAAAUGGAACCUUAAAUAGAAAAGGGACUGGUUUGUUUCUCAGUACUAACCACACAGAAUCCUCUGAUUUUAUUCUGUCUGUGCAGCCUCCAGUGACAAAUAAUGCUCCAUCCACCUCUACUCUGAGAAUGGUCACAGCCAUUGAAUCCAGUGAGAUUCAGCACAGCAAAUUUAGUGUUUUCAUGCCUGUGUUGAUAGCACUGUCAGUACUGGUGCUUUUGGUGAUUGUCAUCUUGGUCAUUGUCAAAUGCUGCCUCAUCAGGAGGACGAGGAGAUGCAAGGGAAAAAAGUCCAAAGAGACAGUCGAUCUAAAAGACAGAGAUUCUGAGGAGCAGCUGAACGAAAAAGACAGCUUAAGGAACUGAAAAAACAGAACAGAGAAGCUUGUUCGUGGGUCCCACUGUCAAGAGGGGAGGAGGCAGAUACAUGUUUGCAGCUGCUUCAUAAUCUUUAUCAUCGCCAUGGCAAUCCCAAACAGCAUGGUUAUCCUGACAUAUUUCAAAGACAUGCCCCGCCAAGGUGACUGCUGAUUGGGCAAUUCUUCAUUUUUCUGCAAGAUAAUGACCCAAACACACACAAUUGUUCAAGAACAGGGGAAGAUGGAAACUGAAGGACAAUUCAAACUGAUGACCUGGCCUGGCCCCAGACCUCAUUCCCAAAAACGUGUAUGGGCUGAGCUGGCCUGAAGAAUCACAGCAAAGCAACCUACAGGCAGCCUGAGACUCUGGGAACCACUGAAGCUGAGCGGGGGAAACGCAUCAGGAGAUCCCAUGAUGAAAUUUGUUAACCAAAUGCUUCAUGUUUGUGAAGCUCUUGACCAGGCAAAUGGUGUUUUUUUUUGAAGAAUCAAAGACUUUGAAAAAAUUUUAAAUUUCUAUGACUACUGCUUUAGUAUUUCUUAUGUUUUUAUAUCUUAAUGUGCUUUUUAACUUUUCUAUUUGCAGAAAAACUCAAAUUUUUGACUGGUACUAUGCAUCUAGCUCAAUGAGUCUAUAGAAAACUCAUGCCAUUCAAACAACUGGCGUUACUGCUUGUCAAAAAGGUGUUUCACAAAAUACUUCAUGUUUUAAGAAUCUCUGGCCAUUUGUACAUUUUUCCAGUACUGAUCAGGCUCAUCUUCCUUUCAGUAAAUUUCUAUUUGUUGAAUUUUACCUGGAACAGAAUGACUACGUAUUGUGCCAGCCAGUGAUGUCCUAACUUAAAAACCAACAAGUCCAAGAGAAUUGUAAAAUAAAAAUGUAUUGUAAUCUCAGGUUAUGUAUAAGAAAUUCCAUAAACUCAAUACAUCAAAGGCACGGACAUAGAUUUGGUCAAAAAUUAUAAUUUUAUUAAUUUAUUAUGACAUAAAUUUGUUAUUUCUUUUAACUUUUCCAUAUGUCGAUGUUUACAUGUGUUAAAUCUGGUUGAACCAAAUUCUGAUAAAUUUGUGUGAGCUGCAGGCCUUGUUACUGAUCUAAACAUUGUUUCCAAGAAAAGUUCAAAAUUACCAUUUGCAGUUUCUUAAUAAAACAUUCUCAGUACAUUGCAAAAGCGAUUAACCUAUAAACUCACUGGGAUGGUAAAUAACAUUGGCUUUUGAGUUGCAUUUGUAACCACAAUGAAUCUUACCUAAGGAGCAUAACUAAAUUGCAAGCAAUAAUAGUUUUUAAUAAUGUACCCUAUUACGUGUGAUCGAAAGUGACCUUGGCAUGUAAAAAAUCGGUAGGCUAUAUGUUGAUAAUACAGUCCUGGUUGCAUUAAAAUAAUUAAUGUUUCAACUCUAAAAAAUAUAUGUGAAACAAAUAUCAACAGAACAAAUUCUUUCAGCCAAAGGUUGGACUUGAAAUACUUUGUUCAGUGACACUCAAAAGUGCUAUGUGCAUGUUGUGAAAACAUGGGUGCCUUUAGCGCGGAGCAGUGGAGCCAGACUAACUAUUUCCUGUCAUUAAAAGUGAUAUGAAGUCAGAUGUCCACUUCCUUUUUCUGAAUUGCCUUUUAUCUUUUUAUACUUAAAUUAGUAUUUUAUCUAGGUAUUGCUCAAAUCAUCAUCUUUUCCAAAACGUUUCUGAUAUGUUCUAAAACACUUGAUGUCAAAAAAUUGUACCAAAACAGCAACGAUUUAGGAAACCGAAAUUUCUCUCUCAGUUUACUGUUCAUAAGCAUGCAAUAGUAAUCCAAAGAGAAAAGCAUAACAUUCGCUGUAAGCUUUCUCUUCUCCAUAGUAACCGAGUAUAAGGAAUCAGCUUAGGCCUCAUUUUCUAAAAUAGCGACCUGGGGAAGUAUUGUUUUCUCAGAUGAAUUGUCUCUCAGAUGACUUCCUUUGUAAUGCACCUUCCUUUCAACAUCGAGAAUGUCCGUCCUUCUUUUAGUUUUCCUCUUACUCGCUUCUAAGUUACUAAAGUAUUUUCCAACAUUCAAGUGCUGUAGACUUUGGUUUUAGGCUAACUGAAUGUUUCACACCAUUGCUAUGAUUAAUUAUCUGUAAAAUAGCCUUUUUAUUGCCUACUGUACAACAGGUUUUCACUAAUUCCCCAGUACAUCUGUGCGUAUGUAUGUUCAGUAACAUUUAUAAUAUGUACUAUCAAUUACCAAAAAAAAAGGAUUACAUUUAUUGAUUUUUUUUCUUUUUCUAGAUAUACCACAAGUGGAAAGAUUGAAAAAAUAUGCUGAGACGGUCUUACAGUAUGUUCUUUUUUUAGCAGAUAAAAAUGCAAGUUGCAAUGUA